UCGCGCGAUAUUCUCUCUGUUUGACUUGGCGUCGUUCUGGUUCGGAAGUUUUGUUUCACGGGUUUCUGCUCUUGUUGCCUGAUGAGUUCCAACUUUUACUAUGGUGGAGUUGGGUCACAAAGCAGCAACGUGCUAAUAUACCCAAUGAAAGCAUUGAAUCUCGGUCCUUCGAUUUCAUCUUCGUUCGAAGCUAAUCAGGUUCUGAGCCCAGGGGCGCUGGGUCAGCCUCUAGCAUUCAACCGGCCGACGGUCAAUGCUGCUGAGUUUUCUAUGCCUCACACACAAAGGGUGCAAAACUCUCGUGGCGGGGUUUUCCAUGAACUUGCUGGCUCAUCGUUAGGAAAUGUAACUUCGUGUCCUUCGCGGUCCGCUGUUCUGUCGAAUAUCGGGAUCACAAGCCCAAACAACUUGAUGAGUAAUCCGAAUGGUAUGUUUAAGAUGGGUGACCGACUUGGAACACCAGUAAGAUCACCUGACUCUGAUGACGUCUUUGCGACGUUCCGCCUUCCCGUGCCCGGUCAGUCUUCUUCCAAGGUACUAUCCAGCUUACAGGAUACUAACCAAUUGUCUUUCAACAAUGCUCUCUCUGAUUUGUGUUCCUCUUUUGUACUCAACCGUUUCGGAGUUAACAACGAUCGUUUUUCCCCGGAUGCACCGCAUACUCGCUCUGAUGGACCGUCUUCAGAUUUUUCACAACUAAAUGUCUCUUCCACCAGCCUGGAUGCCCUGCUAUCUGGUCCUUCGUCUUUCGCGAGCCUCCUUUCCUCACCCAUCAAGCCUAGUGUUUCGUCGUCUCUCCAUUUACACCCAUUGACCAACUCCACUGUACCGUUGCCACCGGAAAAGCCCAUGGUCGACUUGAAUUCAACGUCAAAGUCUUCUAUUGUGAACCGUAGUUCCUGUCCGAGAUCUUCCGGUUCACACUACUAUUCAGACCAACAGCUUGACGACACCCGAGAUCUUCAGGCAACUGGUGCUUUGAAAGCCGCUGCAUGGAUCAUGGUCCCUCCGGUUCCCGAAGUAACUGCUGCCCACAUGCGCACUGGACGUGUUCAUGAGUUGAAAUCACGCGCAUGCACCGACCGAGUGUUCAAUUCAUCCUACAUGGACCAUGAGUUGAAGCAAGUCCUUCACAACAAAGUCCAAGCAUGCCUCUUCACAAGCGAUGGUCCAGCUAAGGACGAGCUCCCGCGAAACCUGGGCGCGUACACCGACUUGGUACCGUUAGAGGCCAUGCAUCCACCUCGCGUAUCAGUUACUUUUGGUGUACCGACUGUCUGCUUCAAGGCGUGGUCUCCCAGAUUUAACAGACCCAUGCUGUUGCGCCGGGUUGUGUUACCAACUGAUCACGAGGCCGCCUUGUCCUCGGAUGCAUACUUGUUGGCAAAACAACUGUCCGAAUCGGAUCAUUCAGCACUUGUCGGGUUCCGCGAUAUCUUCUUCACUAACGCCUUCAAUGAUAAUUCUGCAGUGGUGGUGUAUGAAUACACACCCUGUUCGUGCACGGUGCAGCAGACGCAUAUGAGUGAUCCAAUGAAGUUGACCAGCUUUAGUUCACCAUUUAAUGUCACUCGAGCUGUGCGCCCACAUAGUUCGCUUAAAAGCACGCCCUCUGAUAUCGGUAUGCUCCCAGAAUCCGUAUUGUGUUCCUACAUCAUUCAGCUGGUACAUGGCUUGCGUUUCAUCCAUUUGCACUUGAAUCGCGCAUGCAACGUGUUGGACCCAUCCAAAAUUCUUAUACAAGACGGAACACGCCUCCGCAUCAAUUGCUUUGGCUUGAAGGAUGUCCUAUUUCACCGAUCUGACGAUCCAAAUCUUCCUGAUGACCAGGCCAAUGACUUCGUUCAGCUGGGCAAACUUCUAAUCGGUGUCGCCUGUGGUACUUCCGAGGCCAUCCAGAUGAGUCAACGGGCGACCUCCUUCAACUUACUCCAGCGUGCUUACCGAGCGGAGCUAGUCACUUUAAUUCGUGGGCUUAUUUCCGGCCAAAUUACGGAUGUGAACCAGCUCACGCACUCUACUGCGCCAUUUUUCUAUGACCAAUUGACUGCUGCGUAUGACCAUUCUGAUUUCUUGGAGCGCCAGCUUGUUUUGGGUAUGGAAUGCGACCGAUUGUUCCGAAUGAUUUGCAAACUUCAAUCCGUCGUGGAACGCGCUGAUCGUAAUGGCACCAAUCCGGACUGGGCUGAGACUGGGGACCGGUAUAUGCUCAAGUUGUUCCGGGACUUCGUGUUCCACCAGACGGACUCCUUGGGUGCACCAUACUUGGAUUUGGCGCAUGUGAUUGCAACGCUAAACAAGGUCGAAGCCGGUUCCGCUGAACGCCUCUGUUUAGUCAGCCGCGAUAGCCAGAAUGUCAUCAUCGUGACUUACGCUGAUGUGAAGCAAUGGUUGGAUUCCAGCUUCGAUCAUCUGGUCGAACGUCAUCGACAAAGCCGUUGCGAGCUCCAGUUGGCGCAGCAGCGUGAAGCGCGUAAACAGCAGCAGCAGCAGCAGCAAUCGUUCUCAACUGCACAAUCUCAAGCGGACACGAUCAGCAGUUCUAAAGCGACCACUUCCAGCAGUUUGCUCACCUCUGAAACAUCUUAGUGUCUGAUAGCUGUCUGGUUUCGUGUGAUUCUUUUCCCAUCUCCACUGUUGGUACGUUUCUGUUGUGUCCCCAAAUCAUAUUACAUGCUUGCUUAUCGUCAAACCAAGUCAUAGCUCCUUCAAUAUGCAGAGCAGCCUCAUGAGAUUUGAGGAAGCAUGCAUCCCAAACAUACACAGAACCGGUGCCGGACAACAGCUCGUUACACACUGGAUGGAACCGCUAUCUGAGACUGGCCCACCCGAUCACAUCCAGCAACAACGAACUAUUUCCUAGAGCCAGUAGAACCGAAAUGGUGGCUUUUGGACAGCCAACACCCGCACCAAGCGCAGCCAUACCUGGGAAAUCACUUAGCAAACAUUCAGGUUGCGACGAAGUAGUUACAUAGGCACAUGUACAGACCAACAGCAGGACGAUAAAACACAUGUUUCACAUCUGUUCCACUCUUGAUGUGGGUUAGCAGAUGGAACCAGAAGCAGCGCACUCUCCAUGCGUUGACAUUUGCUCAUUCAACUUAACCAUUGUCUCUUUAAAAUUGACCCCUCGUGGUCACAUUGAUGACCUACCAAACUGGCUCGACUGAGGCACGCAAAACUGCAUGUGCUAUAGCAAUAGGUGUUUCAUUUCGACGGACAAGGAUACAUUAGCAUAUGACGCGUGCAUAACCGGAGUUUUUUGUUAACGCAAUAGCUUUUUCGCAAACCUGAGCAGUGGCAUUUUUGAUGUGCUUACGCCAUUGGCGGCAAUCCAGUGCCAUUGCUUCCUAACACCUCAGAUCAACGUAGUUCGUGAUAAACUCAUCAGUUUGCCGACCUUCUUUACUCUGUUUGGUUAUUUACAAAGUGUUUCGGUAUUCUAGUGGAAUCCAUGCCGCGGAUAGAUCCAAGUCAAUGAUCUCGCAUCACUACGUGACUUGAAUUGAUUAGAAUUUCAUAUACCUAAGGACACUUCUACAACAGACCUUUGUUUUUGAUAAAUGCCAGUUUGAUUUUUACCGUUUUCCGAUGCAAGCUUUUGUCCCCUAAGUUUGUAGCCACAUGGGAUCGGAAGAACUGCACGGUAUAAACAGCAGCCACCGUGAAUUCCAUUGUUCUGACCGGCUUAUAUGUCGUUCGCGUGGUCGUCUGUCUGUUCUACCCCAUAUUUUGAGUUGAUCGCUGUCAAGGAGUCAUCUAGCACACUUAGCCUAAUCGAUCGUUUGUAUACUCACUGAAACAUGCUUGUGUUCUGCUGAAUUGCAGUCAUUCCUCCUUGUGCUCAUUGCAUUCUAUUUGUGUCUCAUGUGGUCACAUCCGCACAUAUAUUUCUGACAGUGUUUACGCGUCCAAUUCGCUGAUUCCGCUGAAUAUUCAGUAUACUUCAUUUUUCCACGUGUCCGUCCACUUAUUCACUUUUGUAGCGUUGUUCGCUGGCACCUUUAGCUAACUGUCUAAUUGUAUAUUUUUCGCUAUUUUGCGAUGAGUUUCCUAUUUACAUCUCUCCAUUCCCUAACAAAAAGUUUCUUCGCCUUUUGUGAACUCGUUUCUCCCAUAGUACCAAGGUCCUUAACUUUUACCGAACGGAUCCUGGGUUUUUCGAAGCGCUGCGGCUUGUGGGAUGUGGCUCUUCUAUGUCUGCGCACUCGGAACGUGUCCCGACAUUUUUAUGCGCGCCUUUCUCGGCAAUAUUUCCCCAUCCCUAUCCUUGUUAACUACUCCCUUGUGUUCGUCAUGGAUGGGAGCUCAGUCCCGCCGACCAAUGGCAUCUGCUCACAUUUUCGACGAACUGGAAUUCAAGAUGUUUGUCCGAAAGAUACCUUUCCUCGUCUUUCUGGUAAUUCUGUUUUUCGACACCCUUAUUUGAUCCCCAUUGCUGACUCGCAAUUGUUACUAUGUCUCCCCAGGCAAUGUACCCUAUUUGUUACUCGAGCAAGAUUUGAACGUGUCUUUGAACAGACACUCUUCAUUCGGAGUAUGCUACUGUUCUUCACUAACGUAUGCGACCGUAUCGUACUUUCUUGCAUUUCUGUCUUCGCCCCGUCGCUUUUUUGCCCAUUUUUUCUCCUCCCUAAUUGCUGCUCUCCGCCCAUGUGCUAGCACAUUUGGUCUUUCAUGUCAUGAUGGACGCUGGAGAAAUUAAACGCUGUAUCAACCCAACCCACCCGGUUGUGUGAGCUUGGUUGUCUGUCCUACACGCAGCGCUAUUUAAAACCAGUAUCCCUCAAUUUUGUAAAGUUGUCUGAUGUACAUCUAUGUAUUCAAUGUAAAACGUAAAAAUACAUCAAAAGUUU